UUUGAGGACGUGACCGAGUUUCUGGAGGAGGUCGUAGAAGCCUUAACGAUGGACGAGGAGGUGCGGACGUUCGGGGAGGUCAUGGUCCCGGUGUUUGAUAUCCUCUCGGGCAGGGUUAAGGACCUGGAGCUCUGCCAGAUCCUGCUGUACACACACCUCGACGUGCUCCUCUACUUCACAAAGCAGAAGGACAUAGCGAAGGUUUUUGCAGGCUACAUCCAGCCCAAGGACCCCGGCAACGGGCAGAUGUACCAGAAGACUUUGCUGGGCGCCAUUUUAAACAUCUCCUGCUUGUUAAAGACCCCCGGCGUGGUGGAGAACCACGGCUACUUCCUGAAUCCAGCCCGAUCCAGCCCGCAAGAGAUCAAAGUGCAGGAAUCCAACAUCCACCAGUUCAUGGCCCAGUUCCACGAGAAGAUCUACCAGACGCUGAAGAACCUGCUGCAGUUGUCUCCAGAGACGAAGCACAGGAUUCUCUCCUGGCUGGGAAACUGCCUCCACGCGAACGCGGGCCGCACCAAAAUCUGGGCUAACCAGAUGCCGGAGAUCUUCUUCCAGAUGUACGCCUCGGAUGCCUUCUUCCUCAACCUGGGAGCCGCCCUCCUGAGGCUGUGCCAGCCCUUCUGCAAGCCCAAAUCUCCGAGGCUGCUAACCUUCAACCCUACCUACUGUGCCCUGAAGGAGCUGAACGAGGAGGAGAGGAGGAGUAAGAACGUACACAUGAAAGGGCUGGAGAAAGAAACGUGCUUGAUACCCGCGCUGAGCGAGCGAGAGCCGGAGUUUGCCAGCAGCUACAACCUGGUGACGGAGAACCUGGUGCUCACGCAGUACACCCUUCACUUGGGGUUUCACAG